AUGGAAAUUGACAAGCUUCAGGACAUAACUGUGUACGUUAAAAUACUUUCAGAAAUACUCAUCCUCACGACUUUUGUGUCAUUAGCUGUAAUAGUGAACAGCUACAAAACAAAGUUUUUCUCCCCAAGUUUGGAGUCGGAACCUCCAAUCUCGAUCCUGUAUGCGCGAGACAAGAAAAGUGAUAAAGUUACAGAUGACUGUUUAACUGAAAUGUACCCACGAAACUUGUAUAAGUAUCCUCUGCGAAUCGAUAGGAACGACAUCCCUUGUAUCAUACAUUGUGUGCUCAAAAAGUUCGGUAUUAUGUCCAACGAUGGCUACAUCAACAUAAAGAAUUACUACAGGAGAGUGCAAGCGAUCCAUAGGUACGAUCCCAGGAUACUGAUAUCUGAUGUCGGCGAGACUUGCGCCCAGAACAUUAAUGGAAUGAACUUGGAACACGAUGUGUGCAAGAAAGCCAAGGUCUUCAACGACUGCACGCAACUAUACGCUGUAUCAUAUAAAGACCCUGACGAAUGGAAAUAG